CUUUUAGUCGAUUUAGGAGCACAAAUGUGCAGAAAAGUGUCAGCGAGCCGCACUCGGUCACCGUGUGUCCGACAGCUUGGAAGCCUCCUGGAAGCGAGAGACAAAGAGCUGGAAGCCCAACAUGAGGCGAGUGUGGAGGGACACGCGUGUCGUCGGCGUGGCAGCGACCGUGGGGUGUGAAAAGGCUGAUUUUGUCAAUAUUUUGUGUCCAAAACGUGCCAGAGAAAACACAAAUGUGGCAGCGUUUGAGGCGGCGGCACUUAUUGUUGUCUCUUUACGGUUCUCAUCAUCUUUAUAAGUCCCGCCUCCUGCUUUCAGCUCAGACACACUGAGACAAACAGACACAGAAACAUGGCAGAAGAAGCUCCAGCAGUUGCAGUUGCAGCAGCACCGGCCAAAGCCAAAGCUCCGGCCCCGGCCAAACCCACGGCUAAACCCACAAGGAAGAAAAAGGCAGCCGGGACCACGAGGGACGGACCAAGCCUCCCGAAGCUCAUCGUCGCCGGUUUGGCCGACUGUAAGGAGCGGAAGGGGAUGUCGCUGGCUCUGAUCAAGAAGACGCUGGGUCGUGAAGGGGUGGAUGUGAUCAAGGCCAACAAACGCAUCAACAUCGCCGUCAAAAGGUUGGUCGCCAAUGGAACUCUGACCCAGACUAAGGGCACCGGGGCCUCCGGCUCCUUUAAACUCGCCAAGAAGGAGCCCAAAGUCUCCAAACCGGCCAAGAAAGUGGCCGCGUCCAAAAAACCGGCGGCUAAGAAACCAGCGGCUAAGAAACCAGCGGCUAAGAAGCGAGCGGCUAAGAAGCCAGUGGCUAAGAAGCCAGCAGCUAAGAAGCCAGCAGCUAAGAAGUCACCAGCUAAGAAACCAGCGGCUAAAAAGUCCCCAGCCAAGAAAAAGCCGAAGAGCCCCAAGGUCACCACUAAGAAGCCCAAAUCUGCACUUAAGAAGCCCGCAGCAAAGAAAAAUGCUGCCAAGAAGCCCGCAGCUAAGAAAGCUGCUAAGAAGUGAAGCGCUUUCAUCUUCCCUCACUCAUCAGCAAAGGCUCUUUUCAGAGCCACCACAGCCUCUGCUAAAGAGCUGCUGCCUCAUUCAUCACUACAUCAACACUCAACAUCACUGCUCACAUUUUAAAGCUCAACAACAUGGAAACACUAAAUGCAUAUCUUCUGUUAAAAACCCACUGGCUGUUAUUAAUGUACUCUAUAUAUUUAAAGACAUGCAUACUAAAAAUAAAUAAAAUGUAAAUAGUUUGGAUCUAAAGAUCAUCAGUUUAU